AUGAAUAAUAAUAAAUUCCAGUCUCAGUAAUGGCAAAUACUAUAUGCAAAACAUAAACAGACAGUAGAUAAUAUAGAGCAUCGCAAUUACAAAUUCCCAAAUGAAGUCGAACUCCAACUCCAGAGACAAAGGGAUGCCAACAGAAAGGUCAAAAAUAGUUAAUAUUUCAAAUAAAAGUAAAUACUCUCUCGCAUCAUUGAAUCUAAUCUCAUUCUCUCUAAAAAAUUGUAUGAAAUUGAACACAGAAAAUAAGCAAAAUUCAUGUAAAUAAAUACCUAAAUCUAUUGUGAAGCACCCGUUCGCUGGUCAACCAAAUCACUCAGAGAAGAAAACUAUAACAAAAUCAAAGUCCAAAAUCAAAAACAGUUCAAAAGAAUUACUCACGUCAAAGGCACUCUACAAACUUAAUGA